AUGCCCAGGAGAGGCCUCACUGCCGAGGAGCGCCAGCGCGUAGACGCCUUCAGCAGAGCCCUAGAGACGGCUCUGAGCCAGGUCGACAGCAAAGACGCCGACGGCCGGCUCCGCGCCCAAGCGCGAGUGGAGGACGCAUACCCUCUGAGCCAAGAGGUCCGCGAGGCGUGGUCGCUCGAGGAGACGGCCCGGUUCGCCGACCCGCUGCGGCAAGUGGCCGAGGCCGUCGACGCGGCCCAGUUCAAGCCAGACGCUCCCUGGGGGCUGGUGGUCUAUCGAACGGCGUACGGCGACGACGCCGCCUGGGCCCGGAUGCUGGACGAGCUCCGCGGUCCCGUCGAGGCGCUGCCGUACGAGCCCGCCCCCAACCCGGAGCUGUAUCCCAGGCACCGCUUCCAGGUCAUGAGCGACCGGGGCCUGUAUGAGGGCGCCACCAUCGACGCCCUGCGCGAGAGCUUCUCCGCGUGGGUGGUGCACGAGUACCGCGCCAACUGUAGGCCGGAGCGGCGUCCCUCGGUGGACGAGUUCAACGCCGACGCGGCGGGCCGAGACGGUGGCUACGCCGGCGGGGCUCGCUACAACUUCUUCCUGGUCGUCGAUCAGGUCUGUCUCGAGUCCCUGGAUCAGGAGUGCGGCGCCGUGGUCAAGCUCGUGCAGAGAGCUGCGCACGGCGCCGCAGGCGAUGGCUACUCGGCCGAGGAGGUGGAGCAGAUGGGCCCCCGGGGUCGAGAUUCACGGUGGGAGGGCGGCCUGACGGAGAGCGAGUUUGAGAAUGUCGGCUGGAUGUACAUGGAGGCGACUGACUACGUCGCCUUUCAGGAGAGACUGGCGGAUGCUGGGAACUGGGAGGACCAGUACCUGAGACCGCCGCAGCUGAGAUCUCUGGACGGAUUCGAAGAUGCGCCGGGCUCCUGGAGGCGGCGAAGCACAGACUAG